AUAGAGUAUAUACUGCUUACUUACAUGAUACCCAUACCCAUCCCUUCCAUUCCCAUCCCUUCCCUUCCGUUUGAAGCCCAGAAUUCCCUGAAGCCUCUACUGCGCCGAUCCCUGCUCUGGGAACCGAGGGAACAACAGAGUAUCUCGGAGUGCAAUAAUUAAAUACUGGCCUACACCCUGCGAGCUGAUCAUUCUUCUCUCCCUCCCUCCCUCCUCGAACUGUACACGUAUCUUCCGGAAUCCCAAUCCCACGCUGUCGGAAUCAUGUCGGACGACCCCAAGAGCUCGGAGAGUUCGCUCGAAAGCCAUCCUGAAGCCCAUCUUACGCCCAUAGCCGCAGACCCUGCCCUUUACGACACGGAUUCGAACGACUAUGACAUGAACGAGACCUUCUCGGUCACGUCUUCGGUUUUCGAGUUUCGCUGCGAAAACGGCCGAACAUACCAUCGCUACAAAGAUGGAGCCUAUGUCUUGCCCAACGAUGAAGCAGAGAAGGACCGACUUGACGCUAUCCACCACCUGUACCUGGUCCUCCUCGAUGGCAAGCUCUGUCUGGCGCCCAUCGAGAGUCCGAAACGCAUCCUGGAUGUCGGUACCGGCACGGGUAUCUGGGCUAUCGAGAUGGCAGAUGCCUACACGGAAGCAACGGUUAUCGGAACAGACCUGUCCCCAAUUCAGCCUGAGUGGGUGCCAGAAAACUGCAUGUUCGAGAUAGAUGACGCCGAAAGCGAAUGGACGUACCCACCAGACCACUUCGACUUCAUCCACAGCCGGCAUUUAGCACAAUCGAUAAAAGACUGGGAUCUAUAUGCAUCACAGCUAUUCCGCCACACCAAACCCGGCGGCUAUGUGGAGCUCGCCGAACACGACUACACGCUGUACUCGGACGACGGCACGUACCGGCCCGGGCUUGCGCUGUACCGUUACAUGAGCCUCAUCUCCGAAGCCGCGCUGACUGCCGGGUUCUCGGAUAUUGCGCCCCGGAUGGGCCGGCUCCUGCAGGGCGCCGGCUUCGUCGACGUCAAGAUCGCUGUCAAGAAGUUGCCGUGGGCUCCGUGGGCGCAGGACGAGAAACUGAAGGAGCUGGGUUAUUGGUCCCUGCUGGGACUGUCGAACGUCGCCUUCGAGGCGUUCGGCAUGGCCCUGUUUACGAGGUACCAUAACUUCAAGCCCGAUGAAGUCAAGGAGCUCUGUGAGGCCGCGAGGAAGGAUGUCUGGGAUAAACGCGUGCAUGCUUAUCAUCUGCAUUAUGUGGUGACAGCGAGGAAGCCGGAAUAGACGGAUAUAGCACAUACGGGAGUUGGCGUAUAAAGAAGGAGAGGAUGAGUUGUUUGGAUUUAGAAUGUAUAUCAGCUAUAUAAAUCAUACCUCAGCGACGGACCGGCCACAAAUUUCAAAAUCUUCUGAAUUUUUCUCCGGCUAAGACUCCGCCACUCUGGUACAUAGCAGACACAAAUACUUGAGACCUUCCAAGACCACCUCUAGUCGCCGUUUUGUAUGCCGAUUCCACGUGCUUCCGAUUUCUUCUCCGCAUCCCACCCACCCCCACCCCCGGAUCUAGAAAACUGUCGGGAAAG